AUGCUGCGCUCCUCAAUUGCUCCGGGCCGGCAACUGCUGUUGGUCCCCGUUCGCCAACGGAUCCCUUCGCAAUGGUUGUCCAAGGCCGGCGCUAGCAGCCGGCUCUCGGGUCAGCGAUUCUUCGCCGAUUCAAAGCCUCCUACCUCUGGUGGCCCGACGCCCGUUACCCCUUCUUCCGAAUCGAGCGUCCCCCCGGAGACUAUCCCCAAGCUCACCGAGCAAGAACCCAAGGCUUCCCAUACAGCUCCCGCGGCUGCACCUCGCAAGACCGGCCGAUUCCGCCGAUUCCUCCUGUACCUGAUUCUUACCUCCGGUUUCGCGUACGGCGGUAGCAUCUUCCUGGCCCUCAAGUCCGACAACUUCCACGACUUCUUCACCGAGUAUAUCCCCUAUGGCGAGGAGUGUGUUCUCUACUUCGAGGAGCGUGACUUUUACCGCCGGUUUCCCAACGCCUCGCGACACCAAAACCGCAUUACUGCUGCCCCUCGAGACGAGGGCAAAUCAGUGACAAUCUCUAGCAAGAGCGGUCUGUCAUGGAAGGUCUCGGACGAAGAAUCAGGAAGCGACGUCUCCAAGAGUGGUCCUCACAUGAGCGCUCGGGCUCAUGCGGGCCAAACCAAGACCGAGAGUGCCUCGUCCGAGGAACUGAAGGCGGCCGUCCUGAAGGCCAAGGAAGACAAGGCCAGCAAGACAACGGGCCAGAAGGAGACCAAGCCUGCCCCCAAGGAGGCCAAGCCCGCCGCCAAAGAGGAGAAGACUGUCUCUCUCGAUGAGCCCCGCCAACCCGCUGUUUCUGUUAGCAACAUUGAGCUGCUGAAGGUUCAGGAGGGUGAUGAUACAGUGGUGCAGGAGCUGGUCAAGACUUUUAAUAGCAUCGUCUCCGUCAUCAGCACCGAUGAGAAUGCCGCCAAGUACUCUUUGCCGGUCUCCAAGGCCAAGGAAGAGCUGCAGAAGAUUGGUGACAAGAUCUCUGCCAUCCGGACCGAGGCCUCCAAGGCCGCGCAGGAAGAAAUCAACAAGGCCCACAACACUUUUGACGAGUCAGCUCGAGAAUUGAUCCGCCGUUUCGAGGAGAUGCGCAAUGCUGAAGUUGCUCAGUUCCGCGAGGAGUUUGAGGCCGAGCGUGAGAAGCUUGCUCUGGCUUACCAGGAUAAGAUCAAGACUGAGCUUCUCCGUGCUCAGGAACUCGCCGAGCAGCGCUUGAAGAACGAGCUUGUGGAACAGGCUAUCGAGCUUAACCGCAAAUACGUCCACGAGGUCAAGGACCUGGUCGAGCGCGAGCGCGAAGGCCGUCUCAGCAAGCUGAAUGAGCUCACUGCGAACAUCACUGAGCUUGAGAAGCUGACUACAGGCUGGAGCAGCGUUAUCGAUACCAACCUGAAGACUCAGCAGCUCCAGGUUGCCGUGGACGCCGUCCGCUCUACUCUCGAGCGCGCCGAGGUCCCCCGCCCGUUCGUUCGUGAACUGGUCGCUGUCAAAGAGCUGGCUGCUGACGACCCAGUGGUCGAUGCCGCUAUUGCCUCUAUCAACCCCACUGCCUACCAGCGCGGUAUUCCCUCCACGUCUAUGAUCAUGGACCGUUUCCGUCGGGUCGCUAGCGAGGUUCGCAAGGCCAGUCUGCUGCCCGAGGAUGCUGGUAUCGCCAGCCACGCGGCCAGCUUGGUCCUGAGCAAGGUCAUGUUCAAGAAGGAUGGCCUGGCUGACGGUGACGAUGUUGAGAGCAUUCUCAUUCGCACCGAGAACUUGCUGGAGGAGGGCAACGUGGAUGCCGCUGCCCGUGAGAUGAACGGCCUCCAGGGCUGGGCCAAGAUCCUGAGCAAGGAUUGGAUGGUCGAUGUACGCAGGGUUCUUGAAGUCAAGCAGGCUCUCGAGGUCAUUGAGACCGAGGCCCGCCUCCAGUGCUUGCGGGUGGAGUAA